UCCAACAAUUAACACUAACUCUCAAAAAGAAGAGUGAGAGUGAAAGUGGUGGUGGUAGUAAAUGUGAUAAUGCAGGAAAUGGUGAAGGAAAUGAACAAGUUGUUACUGAAAGCGUGGCUUCUUCUGCUGCCUCUCUAUCAGUCUUAAAACAGCAAACAUUGACAUUUUGCUUAACAAAUAUAAAAUCAUUUGGAGAUAAUKGUGCUAAGCGUGGUCAAAUAACAAAUGCAAUAGUCUUCAUGAUAGCAAAGGAYGGUUUACCUCUCAAUACUGUGGAAAAAACAGGAUUUCAAUAUUUAAUGAAAAUARUAGCACCGCUUUAUAAAGUUCCAGCCAGAAAAACAAUUACUCAUAUGAUURACGAUAAAUAUGACAUUCUUUCGACACAACUGAAAUUAAAAAUACGAGAAGUAGAAGCAUUUUCUCUAACUGCAGAUGUUUGGACUGACUCACAUAACAGUCAAAGCUACUUAGGCUUAACUGGUCAUUGUAUAUGUGAAAAUAAAUUAAUGAGCAUAAUUUUUGGUGUAACUGCUCCAACAGAACCCCACAAUGCUGACUACUUAGCAAAAAUAAUUAUUAAUAUGACAGAAGAAUGGGGCAUCACAAAUAACAAAGUAAUAACGUCGUUUAUCACGGACAAUGGCGCAAAUAUCGUUAAAGCUGUCACAAAUGUUUAUGGAAAAAAUAAACACAUGCCAUGCUUUGCCCACACAUUAAACUUAGUAGCAUCAAAACCAUUUGAUACUAAAGAUGGACUGGAAGAAGCUAAAAAUUUACUAACAGCUGUUAAAGAUAUAACAACAUAUUAUAGCAUAAUACAAAUGCUGCUGACUCUUUAAAGAAAGCUCAGGAUCACCGAACAAAGCCUUGGGGCUUAUUCAGUCUGUGUGUACGAGAUGGAAUUCUGUUUUUUUUAUCAAUUCGAACGGUUUGUUGAAUUAUCCGAAAUAAUUGCGCCAAUAUAACUCAAGUAUCCUAAAUCGCCAGCAAUGCUAACUGCACAGCAGUUAGAAUUCAUAAAAGAUCUUAUAAAUAUAUUAAGACCAUUGGAAGCAAUUAGUAAUAACAAAGGAAAUUUCAGGAGAAGAUUAUGUUACAGUAAAAUAUACCAAUAGUAUCUUGCCUGACUGAAACAUAUAAUAAUAUGAAAACUUCAACUGAUAUUGGUGCUAAAACUAGAAUUUUAAUUGUGGACGGCUUAAGGAAAAGAUUUCGGAGUGUCGAGCAAGUUCAUUGUUGGCUGCUGCGACCAUUUUAGAUCCAUGAUUUAAAAAAAUUCAUUUUGCUGACCAAGUAGCUUGUUCACGACCAAUAAAUAGAAUCAACUUUCAAUAGAAGAGACAGAUAAUUAUAUGAAAAAAGGAAUUUGGGAUUUUCAUAAGUUGCUUGUCAAAAAGCAACUUUCUAUGUACAAUGCACUUGCACAGKAAAGUCAAGGCUUAAAUGAAGAAUUCAAACAUUAUUUAUCGCAAGCAGUUGUGCACUUGAAGUAUGACCCUAUACUUUACUGGCAAGAACAGA